CAAAUAUACCACACACACGCACACUUAUAUUUGAAGAAGAAAAAAAAAUCAACCCAAAAAAAAAAUCAAAUCACUGAAUUUCAAUGCAUCAAAUUAUCGAAUGACAUUAUUAUGAAUUGUGUCGCAGUUAAAUUUUUCCAACAAAACAACAAUUUUCUUCAAUCAAUUUAAUACAGACCUUUAUUGAUCGAUCGAUUGAUUGAUUGAUUGAUUAAGAUUUCUAUUCCGGUUCUAUUUAUCUUUAAUUUUAACCAAAGAUUAAUCAACCAAAAAAAAUAAAAACAUUCAAUUCAAAAUGAUUAAAUUGACAGAAUUUCCACCAGUCACCUAUAGUUCAUCAUUUGUAUCGUAUUUCAUUCAGAAUACAAAUAACGACAAUGAACGAUGUGAUGAUAAUGUUGUAACGAAUGGCCAUCAUCAUCAUCAUCAUCACCAUAAUCAUAAUCAUAAUCACCAUCAUCAUAACCAUCAUAAUCAUCAUAACCAUCAUAACCAUCAUAAUCAUCGAUCUAAUCAUUCAAUACGGUUACGUUGGCAACAAUUGGCUCGUGAUGCAUUUCAAUAUUCUUUACAAGAACAACAACGUCAAAAACAACAACAACCGCAGCAGCAGCAAAAACAUCAUCAUCAUCAUCAUCAACACCAAUUAGAAAUGUCUAAUAAUUUUGAUAUAAUCAAUAAUCAUCAUCAUCAUCAUCAACCGAAUCAAUUCGAUAUAUUACAACAGAAUCUAAUUGAUCUCAUUGCUUUAAAUUCCACUGGUUUAAAUCCCAAUAUAUUCGAUCAUCAAUGGAUACAAUUAUCUGGUCAUGAAGAUUCAUUUGCAUUAGCUGGACCUGGUACUAUAUGGAAAAAACAUUCAUCCGAUUCAACUGAAAUUGAUGUUUAUGAAGCAUUAAGUUUAGAACCAAUAGCCGAAAUGAUACCAAAAUUUUAUCGCAAUGUUCAAUAUAAAGGCGAUAAUUUUAUUGAACUAGAAGAUCUUUUAUAUCCAUUUAAAGAUGCAUCUAUAAUGGAUAUAAAAAUGGGUACACGUACAUUUUUAGAAUCUGAAGUAAAUAAUACGAAAUCUAGAAAUGAUUUAUAUGAAAAAAUGUUACGAUUAGAUCCAAAUCAAUUGACUGCCCAGGAACAUGAAACAAAAUCUGUUACAAAACUGAGAUAUAUGUUGUUCCGUGAGAAUCUAAGUUCAUCAUCCAAUCUGGGUUUUAGAAUUGAAGGUUAUAAGGUUGGCAACAAUGUUAAACACAAUAAAAAUCUACAUACAAUUAAAACCGAACCUGAUGUACAGACAAUAUUGGAAUCAUUUUUUCAAAACAAACGUUCGGUUUGUCGUGAAAUUCUUGUCCGUUUACGAUUGUUACGAAAAUAUUUUGAAUCAUCACCAUUUUUUCGUCACCAUGAAAUUAUUGGAUCAUCAUUAUUAAUCAUUUAUACAGCUGAUCGUGCCGGUGUUUGGAUGAUUGAUUUCGCAAAAACCGUACGUAUUCCUCAAGAUUGUCAGAUUAAUCAUAGAGAUUCAUGGCAACCGGGUAAUCAUGAAGAUGGAUAUCUAUUCGGUCUUGAUAAUCUGAUUCAUAUAUUGACCAAAGUUUUGGAUCAUUCAAAGAGUCAGCCACAAUCAUGAUUUGUUUAGCAUGAUUGAUAUAUAACACGCCAACCUUUACCUCAAUAUAUAAUACAAGGCCCUAUGUGGUUUUGAUGUUAUUGGCAACUUUUUCCGAUGAUGAGAUUUCGAAUCGAUGUUUUUGAUGAUUCAUAUUUUGAUUUACGAUUGGGAUCUUCGAUAUUCAAGUGUAAAUAUUUGACCUUCUUUCAUCGGAUCUUUCAUCACCUUUUUUUUAUCUAAAUUGUUUAUUUUUAAAUGAACACAAAAUAAAGAAUUGAUCAUUUAGA